UCUCCGUCACAAUCAUAUUCACCACAUGAAGUGACAGUCGUUGUUAUGGAAAACAACUUACAAUGGCAUUCAACAACUCCACUGUGAACAUCGGAUAUGAAGACUACUGCCCUGAAGUCUUUGGGUUGCUGUUUCACUUGAGAGCUUUUCAAGGCUCCUCAUAUAUUUUGAUCUUCAUCCUCAGUAUCAUAGGACACUGCCUUCUCUUAUAUGUCGUCUAUCUCUAUGAGAACUUGAAAAAUGUCACAAAUCUAUUUGUCCUGAACCUUGCCUGCUGCGAUUUGAUGUUCACAGUCUCACAUCCAUUCUGGGCCGUCUCUCGGCUGCAGGACUGGGACGUUGGUAAUUUUGCCUGCACAUUUGUGGCUGUGACACACAAUGUUGGUUUGUCCAGUAGCAUCAUUCUACUGACUGCCAUGACUGUGGACCGUUUCAUAACUGUGGUGCUGCACAACAUGCCAAGAAACAAAGUAAGGAGGCAGAGGUUUGCAGCAUUGAGCUGUGCAGCUGCAUGGAUCAUCAGCAUUUCUGUUUCUGUAUAUGUUGCUACUAGAAUCACGGUGAUAGACUGGGGUGGUCGUUCGGUGUGUGCAUACCAUGUGGACUUUGCAUUUAAUCUUGCAGUGUCUCUGCUCUUCUUCUUCCUGUUAUCCAUCAUUGUUUUCUGCUAUUCUGCCAUCCUCAAGACAGUGUUGCAGGCUUCAAACAGAAGAAAGCACAGGGCGGUAGUGGCGGUAGUUGCUGCCUUCAUCAUCUGCUGGGUACCUUACAUAAUUGUGCAUAUAAUCGUGUUCUUCGAUAACCCUCAAAGCUGUUUUGCAAGGCAACGCCUGAAUAUUGCCUUUAGUGUUUGUUGUGUACUUGCUUAUUCUCACUGCUGUAUGAACCCUAUUCUGUAUAUGCUCUCAGAAAAGUGGCGAAAGCAUCUUUUGGAUCUUUUUAGCUGCAAGAAAGUCAGGAGGGUGAGAGACAGGAAGAGAACCACUGGCUCUUGUGUUAAGCAGAACGUAGCUUUUAAAGCACAAAGCUCUGCUGUUGUGUUGGAACCAACCUGCAGCUAGACAUUCAAUGCUAAAAUGAAAACAUCAAUUAAUAUUUGAUAUGAUAUUUGUUUGAACUAGUUUAACCGAUGGUGAUCAAAUGUCCUUAAAGAUAUUAAGGGGACUACUUAAAUGUAAAUCUCUAUAAAUGUAGACCUAACAUGUCAGUUUACACUUUCUCAGUAUUCUUUUUAAAUGUGCCAUCCUAGAUUUGGGACAGGGUGACACAUGCACAUUUAUUUAGCUUCAUUAGUUUUGUAAGAUGGUUCUAAAAAUGAUAUGUGAUGUACACUAUUUAUUCAAACAUGUAAACCAAUUCCAUUUAUUUCCCCUUUUAAUUUCCAAAAAAGUUUUGUGCAUAAAAAAAACAAUCAGCUCUGUAUCAUUUGGUAAAUAUUCAUGUGAUUUCAAAUUCACGUUGAUACAUUGAUUAUGCAAUGUACUAUAGAUAUUAUGUGAGACACUUCUUCACUGCAUUUCACUUUAUGGUUUCAUAUUAAAUCAUCUAUCUCAGUUGUUACUGUAGUUGUUAUAUUGUCACCUUUAGGAGUCUUGCAAACAAAACAGAACAUUAUUUAUUUUCAAAAUGUUAUAUCUUUUCUCAAAAAUGUGUUUAUAUUUUCUUGAGCAUUUCAUCAUCAUCACUAUUAUUUCCAUGCUACAAUCAAAUUGAUCAAAACAUAUUUCUGGGGUGUAUCCUUCCUUCCUGCUGUUUAGAGAUUAUGUUCUAAAGCAGAACAUCAACAAUAUCAACAUAUUCAUGCCUUCACUGGAAUGAUGAUGCAACACCUCUGAAUAAUAUGAAACCAAAGGAGGAGCUUCUUCAUUAGUUUGCUCUCUUAUUACUAAGAGAGGUCAGAGGAGAAUAAAGUGGUGCAAGCUGACAGAAAGGUGGCAGUAACUUAAAUGCUAAAGUUUGAGGGCGUACAGCAGAUGGAGAACACACAGGUUUUACUCCUGGCUCACAGAAACUGGAGAGAAGAUUUCAAAAACAGCGCGUGUUCUGACAAAUCUCCAUGUCUGCUGCUGGUCAGAAUUUGGCGCGAAUAACAGGAAGCCAUGGAUCCAUCCUGCAUUGAGUCAACGGUUCAGGCUGGUGGUGCAAUGCUCUCUGGGAUAUUUUGUUGGCACAUGUUGGGCCCUUACACACCAACUGAACACUGUUUGAAUACCAGCAGUAUAAGCAGUCAUAUCCGUAGACGUUGUCUCAAAUUUGUUGUAAUAAACCCAUUGACUCUGUAAGAGAAGUAAUUGUUCAAAGCAUUAUAUGUAAUCUACAAUAUCUAACCAUACUUUUUAACAAAAUCCGCUUAUUUUAUCUUUUAAUGUCCAAUCAAACUGUGCUUUUACAAAAGGACAAU